AUGAGUAAAAAGGAAUGCAAAUGCGACGAGACCAAAGUCACCAGGAACUACUACAGGUACUAUGAUACACCUGAUGGAUGUGAUGUUGAUAAAAAGAUAAUGGUGACGACUCGAUACGGUGUAACCACUGGACUGAUUCUAGGCGCAUAUGACGUGAUGAUGUAUUCCCAUGCUGUCGGAUUUGGGAAUGUUAUCAGACGGUUUCUGCUUCAUACUGUGCCUUUGGGAUUGAUGGGCGCCACGUUCGCGGCAGUAGCUAAUGGCGUACAGCACUUAAGAGAAAAGGACGAUGAGUUGAAUUAUUUCGUUGGUGGAUUCGCGUGCGGUCCUAUCUUAGCAGCGUAUCUCGGUUCAAAGCACGCAAUAUUAUUAGGAGGUUUAGCGUUGGGCGCGAUCGGCAUAAUCAAGAAAACUGGUGUCGACGAUUGCUGGACGUUUAUACCGGAGCGGCCAGCUCAUAUGGGUACGGUGCAAAGCUGGAGGAACGAUUACACACUCGUGGCUGAUCCUAGAGAUGCUAUGAUACACACGUGCAAACCAAGGAAAUAG